ACUUGACAUAAUUCCACUCAUGUUCUUGAAUUUUCCAUGUAAAACUAGAAAAAAUACAAAAUUUAAAAGGAGAGGGGGAGGGGGAGGGGGGGGAGGUUAGGCUCAGAUUCGCCUUUUCUCAGACAGAUGAAGGAACAGGGCCGGUGGCUGCAACAAUCAGAUGCCGCCGGAAUGAACAUUACUCCGGAGACCCAAGAAGUUGCCCUGCCAAACUACAGCCUUUACCUUCAAAGUCAGCAUUUUUCAAGGGAAGAUUUCAUCACAGCCUCAUUGUGAGAGAAGAAGAAGAGCAGAAACAGAGCAUGGAUUAAUUCUGGUGAUGAUGAUGAUGCUAGAGAGUGAAGGAGAGGAAGAGAGAAGUGAUUUUCUCAGUUCAUGUUUAGGGUUGUUGAUUACAUUAAUCUGGCAGUGAAAUCACCGGCUCCGCCAUCCAUCAGAGAAGGGGGCAACCACCCUAGAAACCUUCCACCUUCCUGAGAGCAAAGCCUCAUUCUU